CCAGGCCUCUCGCGGCUGCGCAGUGCAGUGUAGAUAUUACCGGAGGGCGAGUGGGUUGGGCUGAAUGGUAGAAUCUUCCGCUAUGAAUUCACAAUCGGAAUUGACAACAGGACGUUAGGAUGCGUUUGUUUUUCUACUCAUCAAACAGGCCAACAGGUGCGUCGUUAGAGUCUGGCGCGGACAUGCUGGUGACAGGUAUGCUAUCCCUGCUCCUGCUCGCGCACCAGUGUGUGUCCGCGCCACAGGUGCCCGAGGACCAAAGAGUACAGUCAGUAGGAGCCCUUCCCCCUUUCACACUGGCCAAUCCCUUCGGCUCUGGAGAGGAGGACCGCAGGCUGCUGCAGAGCUACAUCAAGGCCAACGUAAAGGAGGGACAUGGAGGACCGGAUAACACCUGGGAACAAGAGGUGUUCUUCCUGUUCAGUCUCCAUGACUACGACCGCAGCGGUCACAUGGACGGCCUGGAGAUAAUGAAGCUGCUCUCUGAAUACAACUCCCACAAUGCACCUGGAGAACAGUCAGCUGAGAUGGUGGUGGCCAUGGUAGACUUUCUCCUGCAGACUCAGGAUCUAAACCAGGACGGUCUAAUAGCUCCCCCUGAGCUUCUCUCUCCUCCCAAACUACAACAGCCAGACGCUAACUCCCAGGGUGCACCUGAACAGGAAGGGGGUGUAGAUGUGAAAGAGGGAGUCAUCGUUGAGGAACCAAAACAAGAGGCAGAGCAGGAAGAGGAAGCAGAGGAACGGCUCAUUGAGGAAGACUCAAGGCCAGGAGAUGGACAGUAAAUUAAGACAUGAACAUUCUAUACAGGAAAAGGACCACAUAUCCCAUAGGCCACUGCUGCUGAUCAUCAGCAAAGGCCUGCUCCUGUACUACAUCAGGGGCAACCUGAGAUGUAAACACAAUUAUAAUACGCAAACAGCACUCCAGCACAACUUUAAUACUUCCAUCCCAGAGAGUUUGGUCAGCCAAUAGCAGGAGCCUGUUCACUGACAGUUACCCAAUCACAGCCUCAUCCCCCUUUCAGGGUCUUGUUUCAGUUCAAAGCUGAUGGAUUCUUCUUUUUUGGUACAAAGUCAAGGUGUUUAAGCUGCUGUUACAUUUCAACAUUGCUCUUCUGAACAAGAAACUCAGGUUUGAAUAUGUUCUGUCCCAAAAGAUACACUGCUAAAUAGCAGCUUGGCCAUUUGGUUGUCACACUUUUUGCACUAAGUAGUUACCCUGUUAAAGCAAUCCAAAUUAAGCCAUAUAUUAGAAUGAAAAGUUCAGGAAUACGUCAAGUGCAAUUCUUUUCAACAAUACUUGGGAGUAAAAGUAUUCCCAGAAUACACUGCAGGUCAUCCCCCCAUGGAUGCAAAAGGAAUGGACAGAGUUAAGAAAUGUGGAAAAUCCCUGAAGCUCAUGAUUUGGGCUCCUCAUUACUGCAUUUGAGGGACAUUGGUUUUUACUGGUAGCUCAGGUCAAAAACCUUGGUCCCUUUAUGCCACCUGCAAACUAAAACUUGAGUUGUACAAAGACUUGCUUCCCUGCACAGCCCCAAUGCAGAGUCGCCCCCCUUCUCACAGAGUUCCUUUCAAAUCCAUGAAGGGACAACACGUUGGGGGAGAAGGGUCAUCUGCAAUUUAGAAUCUUUAGAUUUCAUGUAAUUAAAGAAAUACAUUUUGGGAAUUUAAGAAACAAAUGAAUAUUUGGUUUGCUGUACGUUUUCCUGAAUUGGAGGUUUGUAUAUUUAAGAUUAAACAAAAUAAAGCUAAAACGAAUGCUA